UCCUGGUUCAGGUCGGUCUUAUUUACCGACUACGACGGUGGUCGUUCAAACGUUCACUGCUGGCUCUCUGUCUCACAAACAGGCCUAUAGCAAUCACUGAACUCAGCUGAGCAUGCGGGCGCUGUCUCUGCUGAUCGUCACUGUCAUUCAUCUGGGCAUUCUUGUCGGUGCGAACAAGAGUCGGCCGUACGAGUUGCUUAUCUUUCGCAACCGUAACAACUCGGACUGCACCUUCGCAACACUGAAGUCAGUACAGGAAUACAGGGGACUCGCUGCCUAUGGACACCUGGGUACCAAGGAAUUGAACGACGCUGGGGAGCGCCUCCGCUUCGUUCAGCAGUAUCGCGAUGAAGCAUGGUCGCAGCUGCUGCAACUCUGCGGCCCGGAGGAUAGCUGGGACUUUCCUGUACUCACUGACACAGCUCCUAUUUCUGUGCCUACGCCGGCUGAGCAGGAUGUCCUCGCGGUGCCGGAGCUAGCUCGCGGCUUCUUCCCACUCGAGUUCGAGUUGGAACCACUUGUUAAAUCAGGUCACUCGAGCAAUAGGGUUGACCUGAUGUUCUUCGCAGAUGGAUAUACGAGGGACGAGCGAGACAAGUUCAUCGAAGAUGCUUAUCGCUUGGCUAUGGACAUCUCCAGCAACCAGACAUUCUAUACUGUCAAGCCUUUACUGAACUUUGGGCCGCGUUCACACCUAGCGCAGAGUACACCUUUCGGCCUUUACCGCGACGGAACCGAACUUAGGGCAGUUUAUUACGCAAAGCCAGAAAUUGCGCGAGCGGCAUGUUUCUAUUUCGAGGACAAGUGCGAUUAUCCUAUCUUGAUGGGCAACGAUCCGCUAUAUGGAGGACUCGGGGGAGAAUUCACCGUCAUCACGCCCUCGCUCGCCAACGGGGCAUUGGUGCUCAGGCACGAACUCGGACAUUCGAUAAUUGACGUCGGGGAGGAGUACGACGGCGGGCCGGAUUACUUCGGCGUGAACGCGCACCACAACCUGUCCGAGCCAAUAUCCUGGGCGCACUGGUUCACAAAUGCUUCGCACACACUGCACCAGCACGAAGAGCGCUCGGUCAUGCCGAUGCAAGCGUAUCCGUGGACGAUGCUCAACACGUCCGCGCCGUGGUCGAUUCGUUCAACUCGUCAGGGGUGUAUUCGCGGCACUCGUGCGCUUCUCGCUCUCUGGGCUCCCGCAGCGGGGGACCUGAAAGGUGACAUCGGCGAGGACCGGUGGCACUACGACAUCCACCGCGACGACCCGCUGAGCGCGGGCGAGCACGAUGUGGAAUUCGGGGACGAGGAAGAAUUCGUAACCGCGCCCGGGUUCUGCGGCGUGUUUCCGACGUUCUCAGACAUGAACGAGACGACGUACCGCCCAACGAACGAGGACUGCCUGAUGCGCAUCGUGACGACGCCCAACUUCUGCAAGGUCUGCCUUGAGGGCCUCUGGCUGGCGCUCCUGCGCCGCGUCGACCUCAUCGACGACAUGCCCGCGUCGUGCGUACGCAAGGGGUGUGAGUGGACGAGGCGCAUCGAGCUCAAUUUAGUGCCCCUCGGCCAGUUCCGCGAGGAGCCUGUGGAUGUGAAGGAGAGCUACAGCAUUCUCUGGACGAAGGACGGCGAGGUGCUGGAGGAGUUCACCGAUCAGAAGACGCUAGAGGUGGCUGAUGGGGAUGCCGCGGGAGUGUACACUGCCCACAUACGUGUUGACAAGGCUGGUCUCACCAAGUCGCAACGAGAGUACAAGAUUACGGGCAGCUGUGACGAGCUCAACUGAGCUGAUGCACUCUGGUAUGCUGGAUAGCGUAUUAGGAUGUAGAAAUCUAGCAUACAUUUUGUCUACCGUGCCCGGAGACCCGCUGUUAUAUAUGACGUCAGUCAUACAAUCCAAGAUGCCGCGGACGAGAACGUACAGUCGAAUCACACUCGUGCGAAUG